GAUUUGCUGUAAUUAAAUUAUGAUAAAAAUGUGAUAAGUCAUUAUUGUUGGGAUUAGAUGGAGGAAUUUAGUUAUCAAGAUUAUUUAUUACUCUGUUAUCGAGCGAAAGAACCAACAGAACAAUGCAUGUGUAUUCAGUAAUAAUUGGUACACAUAACCUUUCAAACUCACUGAAAUGUCUGAGGAAUUUUCUUAGUAGGCAAAAGUUCAGUUCAAGAAAAUUCAGCAAUAUGUCUCAAAAAAUUAAUCAAAACAAGACUUAUAUAUCGGUAGAAAUACCUGAAGUUAAUACUGCUGCUGGAAAGGGUUUCACUAGAAUAUUCAGAAGAAAAAUAAAAACAGAAGGCACAGAUCCAUCAAUAAAUAAGUCACAAAUCAAAAGGUUAUUUUCACUAGCCAGACCUGAGAAAUGGAAACUAGCUGGUGCCAUAGGAUUCCUUCUAGUAUCCAGUACUGUUACAAUGUCUAUUCCAUUCAGUUUGGGAAAAGUAUUAGACAUCAUUUAUAAUACUAGUGAUAAUUAUGAUGAAGCAAAGAGUAAACUUAACAAAGUAUGUGGAGUAUUACUUUGUGUUUUUAUAUUAGGAGCAAUUUGUAAUUUUGGUAGAGUAUAUAUCAUGUCUACUGCUGGAUACAGAAUGACUAAUGCUCUCAGAAGACAAGUUUUCAGUUCUAUCCUUAAACAGGAACAAGGUUGGUUUGACAAAAGACCUACAGGUGAGUUGGUGAACAGGCUAUCAGCAGAUACCCAAAUUGUUGGUUCAGCUUUGUCUCAAAACAUCUCAGAUGGAUUACGCUCCUUAGUUAUGGUCUGUGCUGGAACUGGAAUGAUGUUUUAUAUGUCACCAGAACUUGCCUUGGUAGGUCUUGCAAUAGUACCACCAGUAGCUGGUAUAGCUGUGAUAUAUGGAAGAUUUGUUCGGAAUAUAUCAAGAAAGGUCCAAGAUUCAUUAGCUGAUUCCACAAAAGUGGCUGAAGAAAAAAUAUCAAGUAUACGUACUGUAAAGUCUUUUGGUCAAGAGCCUAGGGAGAUAGAGUGCUAUAACAAAUCAAUAGAGAAUGUUCUGAAAUAUUGUUACAGGGAAGCUAAAGCAAGAGCUGUGUUUUAUGGGAUGACUGGAUUCAGUGGCCAUGUUAUCAUAAUAUCAGUUUUAUAUUAUGGUGGUGUUAUGGUAUCAUCUCAUUCCCUAACUGUGGGUCAUCUAUCUUCAUUUCUCCUAUAUGCAGCCUAUAUUGGUAUAUCAGUGAGUGGCCUAUCUAGUUUUUAUUCAGACUUGAAUAAAUCUAUUGGAGCAGCAUCCAGAAUAUGGGAAAUUAUUGACAGACAACCCAUAAUUCCUAUGCAAGGAGGUGUAGUUCCUAUUCAUCCUCUGGAAGGACAUGUUGAAUUCAAAAAUGUUAAAUUCAGCUAUCCAUCAAGAACUGAUGUAGAAAUAUUCAAAAACUUAGUUUUAGACAUAAAACCGGGUCAAGCAUUAGCUGUAGUUGGUCCCAGUGGAUCUGGCAAAAGUACUUUGGCAGCUCUCUUGUUGAGAUUAUAUGAUCCUAACAUGGGAGCAGUAUUUUUAGAUAAUCAAAACAUCAAAGACCUUGAUCCAGCUUGGAUCAAAAAGCAUAUAGGUACUGUCAGUCAAGAACCUAUACUAUUUUCCUGCUCUAUAAGAGAAAAUAUCAUAUAUGGAGCUGAAGAGCCAGACAAAAUUACAGAAGAACAUUUCCUCAGAGUUUGCAAGGAAGCUAAUGUCUAUGAGUUUGUACAACAAUUACCUGAUGGGUUUGAAACUGUUGUGGGAGAAAGGGGUAUUAUGCUUAGUGGUGGACAGAAACAAAGAGUUGCCAUAGCUAGAGCUCUCAUCAAGGAUCCUAAAAUACUACUUCUCGAUGAAGCAACAAGUGCAUUAGAUGCCCAUUCAGAGCAUUUGGUGCAGGAAGCAUUAGAACGGGUAAUGAAAGGCAGAACUGUGUUGACAAUUGCUCAUCGACUUUCAACUAUACAGAAUGCAGAUGUUAUUGCUGUUUUACAAGAUGGAGAAAUUGUUGAGAAGGGGAAAUACCAAGAGCUAAUAAGUAGGGAUGGCCCCUUCAAGGAAUUAAUCAAGCAUCAAACCUUCCAAGAGAUUCAAGAAUGAUACUUAUUCCUACAGAGUGUAUAGAUUUUAUUUCUAUCAUCAUAGUUUAUUGAAAUAUAUGCGUUUUCUUGUG